CAAAGGGGCGCUGCCACGCCUAAGGAGGCGGGUGGCUGGGCUUCUCAUUCAUUGUCUUGACAAGAGCAUCCUCAGCGGGCAGUCUCUGGCUCCUUCAGCGCCUUCCUCCACCUCCUCUUCCUCCUCCAUUUAGGGGGCCCCCCCGCAGCAGCAUGAGCCGGCAGGUGGUGCGCUCCAGCAAGUUCCGGCACGUGUUUGGACAGCCGGCCAAGGCCGACCAGUGCUAUGAGGAUGUACGCGUCUCACAGACCACCUGGGACAGUGGCUUCUGCGCUGUCAACCCCAAGUUUGUGGCCCUGAUCUGUGAGGCCAGCGGGGGAGGGGCCUUCCUGGUGCUGCCCCUGAGCAAGACUGGACGUGUGGACAAGAAUGUGCCCACAGUCUGCGGCCACACGGCCCCCGUGCUGGACAUCGCCUGGUGCCCACACAAUGAUAAUGUCAUUGCCAGUGGCUCUGAGGAUUGUACAGUCAUGGUAUGGGAGAUCCCUGACGGGGGCCUGAUGCUGCCCCUGCGGGAGCCUGUUGUCACCCUGGAGGGCCACACCAAGCGUGUGGGCAUCGUGGCCUGGCACCCCACAGCCCAGAACGUGCUGCUCAGUGCAGGUUGUGACAACGUGAUCCUGGUGUGGGACGUGGGCACUGGGGCGGCCGUGCUGACACUGGGCACAGAUGUGCACCCGGACACAAUCUACAGCGUGGACUGGAGCCGAGACGGCGGCCUCAUCUGCACCUCCUGCCGCGACAAGCGCGUGCGCAUCAUUGAGCCCCGCAAAGGCACUGUUGUGGCCGAGAAGGACCGUCCUCAUGAGGGGACCCGGCCUGUGCGUGCUGUGUUUGUGUCUGAUGGAAAGAUCCUGACCACAGGCUUUAGCCGCAUGAGUGAGCGUCAGGUGGCACUGUGGGACAUGAAACACCUGGAGGAGCCACUGUCGCUGCAGGAGCUGGAUACAAGCAGUGGUGUCCUGCUGCCCUUCUUUGACCCUGACACCAACAUUGUCUACCUCUGUGGCAAGGGUGACAGCUCCAUCCGGUACUUUGAGAUCACUUCCGAGGCCCCGUUCCUGCACUAUCUCUCCAUGUUCAGUUCCAAGGAGUCCCAGCGUGGCAUGGGCUACAUGCCCAAACGUGGCCUGGAGGUGAACAAGUGUGAGAUCGCCAGAUUCUACAAGCUGCACGAGCGGAGGUGUGAGCCCAUUGCCAUGACAGUGCCUAGAAAGUCGGACCUGUUCCAGGAGGACCUGUACCCGUCCACCGCAGGGCCUGACGCUGCCCUCACGGCUGAGGAGUGGCUGGGGGGUCGGGAUGCCGGGCCCCUCCUCAUUUCCCUCAAGGAUGGCUACGUGCCCCCAAAGAGCCGAGAGCUGAGGGUCAACCGGGGCCUCGACACUGGGCGUAGGAGGACAGCACCAGAGACCAGUGGCACUCCUAGCUCGGAUGUCGUAUCCCGGCUGGAGGAGGAGAUGAAGAAGCUCCAGGCCACCGUGCAGGAGCUACAGAAGCGCCUGGAUAGGCUGGAGGAGACAGUCCAAGCCAAGUAGAAGACUCGGGCCUUCAGCUGGGGCCCGUGGCAUCACCUGCCUCCCCUUCCAUUCAUACUUCUGCUCCUCAGGCCACAAUGGCAGAUACAAUAAUAAAAUGGCUUUAUUUUCUGGUA